UUUGAAGACUGUGUCAUCUUGCCUGCAGACCCAGCAAUCCCUGUGUUCUGUGAUCAAUGUGGAUCACAGGAACGUCUUAAGCAGUAAACGACAUGAGCCAGGGUCGUGGAAAGUAUGACUUUUAUAUUGGUCUAGGACUGGCUAUGAGCUCCAGCAUCUUCAUUGGAGGGAGUUUCAUUUUGAAAAAAAAAGGCCUCUUGCGUCUUGCCAGAAAAGGUUCCAUGAGAGCAGUGGGAGCUGGUGAGGUGGCCAACUUCGCUGCAUACGCAUUUGCACCAGCCACGUUAGUGACUCCAUUAGGUGCGCUCAGCGUCCUAGUAAGUGCUAUUCUCUCUUCCUACUUUCUAAAUGAAAGACUUAAUCUUCAUGGGAAAAUUGGGUGCCUGCUAAGUAUUUUAGGAUCUACAGUUAUGGUCAUUCAUGCUCCAAAAGAAGAGGAGAUAGAGACUUUAAAUGAAAUGUCUCACAAGCUCGGUGAUCCAGGUUUUGUGGUUUUUGCAACACUUGUGGUCAUUGUGUCCUUGAUAUUAAUCUUUGUGGUGGGACCGCAGCAUGGACAGACCAACAUCCUUGUGUAUAUAACCAUCUGUUCUGUGAUUGGAGCAUUUUCCGUCUCCUGUGUGAAGGGCCUAGGCAUUGCCAUCAAGGAACUGUUUGCGGGAAGGCCUGUGCUGCAGCACCCGCUGGUCUGGGUCCUGCUGCUGAGCCUGAUCCUCUGUGUGAGCACACAGAUCAAUUACCUGAACAGAGCCCUGGACAUAUUCAACACUUCAAUCGUCACUCCCAUCUACUACGUAGGCUUCACAAUAUCAGUUUUAACAUGUUCAGCUAUUCUCUUCAAGGAGUGGCAGAAUAUGCCUGUUGAUGAUGUCAUUGGCACUCUGAGUGGCUUUUUUACAAUCAUUGUGGGAAUAUUCUUGUUGCAUGCCUUUAAAGAUGUCAGUUUUAAUCUAGCAAGUCUGCAUAUGUCUUUUCGGAAAGAUGAAAAAGCCAUGAACGGCAGUCUCUCUAGUAUGUAUGAAAUUCUCAGUAGUGAAGAAUCCUUAACCUGUGGGAUUGAGCAACACACUGGGGAAAAUAUUUCUCGAAGAAAUGGAAAUCUGGCAGCUUUUUAGGAAAGAUACAGUUAAAAGGUUAAUCUAGAAUUGUUAUAAAAUGAAAACGAGUAUCAGAAUGUGUCU